AUGGCCGCGUUCGCCGCCACGCACCAGCAGACCGACGUGGCCGCCUUCUACUCGAGCCUCAUCUUCAACUACUCGGCUGCCAUCACGGAGCUGUACGGGAUGGGCGCGAGGAAGUUUGGCGUGAUCAACAUCGGGCAGAUCGGGUGCGCGCCGCUCCAGCGUCUGCAGAGCCCCACCGGCGCGUGCGCCGACGCAGUGAACGCGCUCGCCGCCGGCUUCGACGACGCGCUCAGGUCCCUCUUGGCCAGCGGGCUCCCGCACGGCCUGCCCGGCCUCGCCUACUCGCUCGGCGACCUGCUGGGCGCCCAGAGCGGCUGCCAGCAGCCCAACUCGACGCUGUGCGCCGACCGCCGGAGCUACCUCUUCUGGGACUACGGCCACCCCACCCAGCGCGGUGCCGAGCUCAUCGCGACCACCUUCUACGACGGACCGGUCCGCUUCACCCUGCCGGUCAACUUGAAGCAGCUGAUGCUAAGCUGA